AUGCGGGCUCUUGCAGCUCUUCUCCCCCUUCUUUUCUCGUCCGUGAAGGCCUUGCCUGCUGCGAGCACCACGGUCUCUCCGUCGAAUCCCCCCUCGAGCUCUCCUACCCCCACGGGUAGCUUCGCAGAGGGCAAUCCCUUUGAAGGCGUGAAACAAUAUGUGAACCCGUACUACAAGUCCGAGGUGGAAAGCCUGGCAAUUCCAUCUAUGACCGGUUCGCUGGCUGAACAGGCCAGCGCCGCUGCCGAUGUGCCAUCGUUCCACUGGCUGGAUACGGCCGAUAAGGUCCCGACGAUGGGUGAAUUCCUGGAAGACAUCAAGUCCCAAAACGAUGACGGAGCCAGCCCUCCAGUCGCUGGUAUCUUCGUCGUGUAUGAUUUGCCCGACCGUGACUGCGCUGCAUUGGCCAGUAACGGCGAGUAUGCGAUCGAUGAUGGUGGCGUGGAGAAGUACAAGGCGUACAUUGACGCUAUUCGUGAGCACGUUGAAGAAUACUCGGACACCCAGAUUAUCCUGGUCAUCGAGCCUGACAGCUUGGCCAACUUGGUUACCAAUCUGGAUGUGCCCAAGUGCGCCAACGCCAAGGAUGCGUACUUGGAGUGCACCAACUACGCGAUCACGCAACUGAACCUGCCCAAUGUCGCAAUGUAUCUGGAUGCUGGCCAUGCUGGAUGGCUCGGAUGGCCUGCGAACAUCGGCCCUGCAGCCGAGCUCUACGCCUCCGUGUACAAGAACGCAUCCUCUCCCGAUGCUCUUCGUGGACUGGCGACUAACGUGGCCAACUACAACGCCUUCUCCAUCAACUCUUGCCCGUCGUACACAUCCGAGAACGAGAUCUGUGACGAGAAGAGCUACAUCAACAACUUUGCGCCGCAGCUGGCCAGCGCCGGCUUCGACGCCCACUUCAUCGUCGACACCGGACGAAACGGCAACCAGCCCACCGGCCAGAACGAAUGGGGUGACUGGUGCAACAUCAAGAACACCGGCUUCGGCGCUCGCCCGACGACUGACACGGGCGAUGAGUUGGUCGACGCCUUCGUCUGGAUCAAGCCGGGCGGAGAGAGCGACGGAACCUCUGAUAGCUCUGCGGACCGCUAUGAUGCCACCUGCGGUCUCGAUGCUGCCCUUCAGCCUGCUCCCGAGGCUGGCACCUGGUUCCAGGCAUACUUUGAGCAGCUUGUGGAGAAUGCUAACCCGUCUUUGUAG